UGGUUAACAGACAUUUUUUUUUUAUUUCCUCAUGAAGGUUGUCAAGUUUUUGGUCAAAAUGGCAAUACUCAAUGUGACAAACGUAGUUGUUACCCAGCCACAGGGGAUCUCAUGAUUGGUCGAAGUGCCAAUUUGACAGCCUCCUCCACUUGUGGUAUGACAUCUCCUGAGGACUACUGUAUUGUCGCACAUCUUCAGGCCAACCCAGAGGAGUGCUUUGUUUGUGACACAAGCAUCUCUGACUUCAAUCAUGAAGCAGAGAAUAUGAUAUCAACCUUCAAUGGAAAUAGAGACAAAACAUGGUGGCAAUCAGAAAAUCUCAAAGAAAAUGUAUACCUUCAGGUAAACAUUUCCACUUUAAUAAUCCUUUACACCUUAACCUCAGAAUCUCCUGUAUAAUCUCCAUAGUAUUCUCUAUAAUUUUCCUUUGGUAAUAGCUAGGAAAUUCUUUUAACAAUCCAACCUUCAUCAGUUGGAAAUAAUACCCUUUAUUCUCAUGAUUGUAAUGGAUGAUUCAGCAGUAUGAAUGUAAGGAGAAAUUAAGUGUUGGUCACUCCUAGGGUUUAACCCGUCCACUUCCAUGAGUGACUAAGACAGAAUUUCUCCCCACAACAUCAAUACAGUAACAAGCAGACAAGUGAUGAGAAUGUAUGUAGAGGAAAAUAUCAAUUAGGUUAUAAUCAGUUGAUCCAAUGCCAAAUUCUCAACACUAACAUCACAAAAGUUGUAUGGCAGAAAGUAAAGAAAAUUACUGUCAAUAUCUCGGGAGUGAUAGGGUGGAAAUCAUUCCAAUCAAAUCAAUAUUAUCAAGAUCUUAUUGAAAUGAAAUACUUUAAAUUUCUACAUUUUACUUUUAAAUGUUUAAUAUCUUGUUCAUGGUUUCAAAUAGCUUGAUCUGGAAGCUCAGUUUCACUUCACACACUUGGUGAUGACAUUCCGCACUUUCCGUCCUGCUGGAAUGCUUAUUGAAAGAUCAUGGGACUAUGGUAGGAACUGGCAUGUGUAUCGAUACUUUGCUGCAGACUGCGAGAAGACCUUUCCUGGAAUUCCCCACAGACAGCAGAAAGAAAUUGAUGAUGUCAUUUGUACAGAGGAUUUUUCUUCUGUGGAGCCAUCAUCAAAUGGAGAGGUAAUAAUUCAGAUGAAUACAGUGUAGCUUAGGCUGUGUGGCUGACAAACAAACUCGCAAGGGGGGAGGGGAGAGGAGGGAGAGCUAAGUGUCAGACUACUGAGGUACAUUUUUGUUUUACAAUCUGUCACAAGAAAAAGCAAUGAAAUUUAAGCCAGCACACAAAUCAAGCCUAUUUUGAUGUAUACAUUUCUCUUCAGUGGUAUGCAACCAUUUUCUUCUGAUAGCUGAUGUAAACAUUUAUUCAAGAUCAGGGUGGUUUUCUUUACUGAUCUCUUUGUUGAUUCUCACAGCCUUUACUUGUGAAAAAUUUGCUAAUAUUGAAGAAGGAAUUUGUUGCUGAACACUAACUUUAAAAAAAAACUGUAUGUCAACAUUUAACCCUUUAACUCCCAGAUCUGAUAGUCAAUUCUCCCCUCCAGCUACGACAUAUUUCCUCUUAAUUUAGUUACAAGAAUUUGGUGUUAAAUCAAGACCACAACUUUUAUUUAAUAUGUUUGAGUAUUCUCAUUACCUGUUUGUUGGAAAAUGUAAGCAUAUUGCAGGGAGAAGUUAGAUGUUUAUCACUUCUGGUAGUUAAAGGGUUAAAACAUCAAUCUUACUAAAAUGGAACCUUUAUUUACUUUUGACUCUGUCUUCCUGUGCCUGGCCUUUUUACGCCAGCCAUACAUUCUAGAAUUACUGGUAAAUCAGUAAAUUGCUGGAAUAAGUUAAUAACUGAGAAUCAGUUGUUUGAAUUUUGAAUUCAUUUGUCUUUUAUGAUGUUUUGAUAUUGUCAUUUCUUUAUGAAUUUUAAGUGGUAGAUUUUGUGCAGAAAAAUUAUAAUGAAAUAUGAUUGCAUAUGUUUCUGUUGAAGUGUCUUCAUUGAUAACUACAUGUACAAACUCAAAGCUGAGAAGCCACUCUUUUGAAAACUGCAUGUGGCAAAGGAAACUGGUGUACAGGUUGCAGUUCUCCUGUUUCCUACCUUUACAAAAAGCAACACUCCAAAUUGCAAUUCAACCUGGAAACAGUAGACAAGAAGAGCCUCUUUUUGGAAAGUCCACUGAUAAAUCCCCAUCAUUAUUAUCAUUAUUUUAUUAUUUAUGUGUAAUGCAUAAUGCAUGUGAACAUAACAUUAAGUGUGUAUUUCUAACAGUUUUGUACUUGAUCAUGUAUCAGGUUAUCUUCAGGGCACUUAAUCCUCAAAUUCCAAUCAAGAAUCCCUACAGCGAAAAAGUACAGAACCUGCUCAAGUUGACAAACAUACGGAUUAACUUUACCAAGCUUCACACCUUGGGAGACUUGGUCCUGGAUCCCACACAGCCUGAAGCCAGAUUAAAGUAUUACUAUGCUGUGUACAACCUUGUGAUCAGAGGUAGCUGUUCUUGUUAUGGGCAUGCUGAGCAGUGUCUACCUUUGGAUGAUAGUGAGCAAGACAUUACUGGCAUGGUGAGAAACUGUGUUAAGAUGUAGGUCUUUAAAUCAAAUACAAAUCUCUUAAUAGAAAUACAGAAAAUACAAAAUUAUGUGAUAAUUUAAAUUAAUUGCAAUUUUUAAAAAAAUUCAAGAGUAAAAGAGGUAGCCUCAUUUUCUCUUAAUAGGUGCAUGGACGGUGUGACUGCGCUCACAACACAGAAGGGAAGAACUGUGAACGAUGCAAAGAUGGUUACAAUGACACACCAUGGCGGCCUGCUACUGUGGAUGAUUCAUAUGAAUGCAAAAGUAUGUAUUCUGCUUGUAGUUCCAUUCUAGAACAUGUAGGAGACACAAUGGUUUAGUAAUAAUGAAUUCUUUUGUGGUGUGUAUUCCUUCUCUUCAUGUAAUCUUGUUUGUAGACAAGGUAUGAUAAAGGCACAUUGUUUUGUAUUGCAGAGUGUGACUGCAAUGGCCAUGCUGAGGAAUGCCGAUUCGAUCCGGCUGCAUUUGCUAAUUCUAAUUUUACUAGUGGUGGUGUCUGUGUCAACUGUCUGCAUAACACUGUUGGUCGUAAAUGUGAGAAGUGUAAGCCUCUGCAUUUUCAGGAUCCAUCCAAAGACUUUAGAGAUUCAGCUGCUUGUAUUCGUAAGUCCAGUCCAAGUAUUUUGAAUAUCACACUGUAGUUAGGAAAACAUCUACUUGUAGAUAGUGGGUUUUCUCUUGCAAUUUUAUUGUUAUAAACAUCUCUAGAUCCUGUUGUUUCAAACCUUCAAGAUUUGCUUGAACACAUUAAGUACUAGUAUAAAUUUGCCUUCUAUCUCUACCUUAAUUGACAAAAAUACUGGAUUGCCUGCAGUAUGGUAGGUUGUCUAGGACACCUGGGAAGCAAAGGGCAGAGUUUUAUAGAAAUGCUCUCAGAAAUUACAUAAGCUAUUAACUACUUCAUAGAAAUUACCAGACGGUAACAGGAGAUCAAAAAGCUACCCUUCCUUUAUUAGACUGCUCAGCAAAUAGGUACAAGGCUGUGUAUUUUUUCAAUUUUUUAUAAGUAAUUAUGUAAAAUUGAACAAUCAUUAAUGCACGUGGUGCAGCUGGUCAGCUCUCAGCCUGUAGGACCAGCACUUUCUAAGCUUGAUAUUUUGUUCAUAUUGCAAAAUUGUGGAUUAUUGUUUGUAAUGUACAUGAACAUGUAGCUUUCCCAAGUAACUUUAUCUCCACAGAAUCUUUUAAAAUUGUUUUUGAAAAAAUCAGUUUAAGUCCCUUCUAAGAUCAGUUUUUGAUGUGGAUCUGAUUUGUUUGUGGUCCAUCUCAUAGCAUUGUCCAUGUCAUCAUCUUUCAUUUUAUUUCUUAGCUAUUUUACAUCUAUAUAUUUGUAUUGUUUUAUAACCUGUUCCCUUGGGUGGGUGCUAUGCAUGGGUCUUAAUGUCCUGUUUGGGCCUUUCUCUCUUGAAAUUUUAAUUUCUGUAGUUUUUUCCACUAAUUCUUUCCUAUCCUGUUUUUACUGUAUUUCUUUAUUUAUUGCCCAUUAAAGAUUUAAGGAAUGAUUUGAACAGACACACUUUCUCACUAGAAAGAAACAUCUCUUUCCUAUCCUUUGAACGGUAUCUCUUUAUUUAUUGCCCAUUAAAGAUUUAAGGAAUGAUUUGAACAGACACACUUUCUCACUAGAAAGAAACAUCUCUUUCCUAUCCUUUGAACGGUAUCUCUUUAUUUAUCGCCCAUUAAAGAUUUAAGGAAUGAUUUGAACAGACACAUUCUCUUGAGCACUAGAAAGAAACAUCUCUAUGUACAGCUGUAACACCACAUCGUCUCAACUAAAGCUGAUCCAUGAAGUGUACACAACUUUGCUGCUACAUGUACAAGAGAGAAUUUCAGUACGAAUGACUUGUUUAGUAUUAAAAAACAAACAAACAAACAAAAUUAAAAUAAAACAAACACCACCAGUAACAAAACCGGAGACAUUUUCCUCCAGCCGGUAUUAGAUUAAUCAAGUGAGAUGGAUGGGAAUUUGUUAAGUCGAGCGGGUUGGAAGAGAAAUUUUCUUUAACAAAUUUAAAAGUGAGGAGCGUCAUUAUUGCUUUUAAUGCGAAAUGGCAUCCUAGAAAAGCAGCAAUAAUGAUAUAAUAGGUUUUAUUGUGUAUUAGUUAUUAGUUAUUCUGGCGAGAUAGAAUUAGAUAUUUUACUCUCUUAGCUUGCGCUGAAGGAUUUCACCGCAUAUAGAUAAAGUUAUUGAAAUAUUUUUUAUUAUUUGUUUAUUUAUUGUCAUUUGUUGGGUGUGUGUGUCUAGCAUGCAACUGUGAUUCUGUUGGCGGUAUCAGCGGGGGAGAGUGUGAAGGGGAGACUGACGAGGAAGCAGGCUUGGUGGGCGGCCGGUGUAUUUGUAAAAAAAACGUUGAAGGAUCCAGAUGCAGUCGGUGCAAACCAGGAUUUUGGAAUUUAAGGAGAGACAACGAUGAUGGUUGUACAGGUGAAAGAGCUUUAUCCCUUUAACUCCCAUAAGUGACCGAAACAGAAUUUCUCCUUACAAUAUCAAUACAAUAUCAAGCAGACAAGUGAUGAGAAUAAAGAAAAAUAUCAAUAAGGGGAUUAUAAGUUGAUCCAAUAUCAAAUUCCCCAAACGAACAUCACGAGAAUUGUAUGGCAGACAGUAAAGAGAAUUACUAAUGACAUCUUGGGAGUUAAAGGGUUAAAUUAAUAUAUCAGUUGUCAGGUGGAAAGCACUGAUUUUCAACAAACGGCACGGACAUUUAUGGAAAAAAAAAGAUUUAAACCAAGCUUAAAACCAAGAUUUUCUGACAACUGCCUGAAUGUUCUGGUUGUAAUUUUUCCAGUGCUGUGCCUUCCGUAAAUAUUUCGACAUGAACCUUUCACGUUCCCUUAGAGGGAGGGAGGGAGGGGGGUUGGGUCUCCUCGGGCUUCCAGACGUGGGUGAAGCUUCUUUGGAGGGGGGAAUUAUCAAAAGGAGGUUUUAGCUUAUUAAAAACUCAUUGAUGAGCACCUAAUUGCAAGUCAUUACUCUGUUUCUGACUGUUUUUAAGCUCCGGUGAUUACUGUGUGACAACUGCAUCCCUUUGGUCUCAAAACUUGCAAUGUUCUAAACGGAAAUUAAAAUUGAAAAAGGCUUUUACAUUCAGGCACACUUUUUAACGAAUUGCUACCAAGCCAAAUUAGAUAAUAUUAUUUGAGUGUGCUGUUCAGGACGGCGGGUUCUUACAGUAGCUAGUAGUGCCAUUAUGGUAACUUCCUAAAUACCUGUUUGUCUAUUAUACACGCCGUUCGGUUCAGAUCUGCCAGGUCCGCCAGCGUGCGUUCUGGGAUAUGUUUGAUUAUUUGAUGGGGCAACACCAAGCCUGUUAACUGUUGCACGUAUAUUUUACCUUUCAGCUUGUGGCUGUAGUCCGCUUGGUAUCUUGGGUGUAUGUAACCCAAAGGAUGGAAAGUGUUUGUGUAAACGGAACGUUAUGGGACCAAGAUGCGACCGCUGUCAGGUUGGUGUGAUCGUGAACGCUAAAACGCGCUUUAUGUGAUCGUUCGUUUGUUUCUCCAUUCGUUUACUUUUUCUUUUCUUUACUCGUGCCUUGUGGCUUUGUUGACACAUGCAUUCUUUCCCACUUGCGGUUCCCUUCGUUUUUUCUUGUUUUCAGCCUAUUGUGCCCUCGUCACUUCGUGCCUUCGUGUCGUCAGCCUUUCUUGCCUUUGUACCCUCGUCCCUUCGUUUGUUGGGUUGUUCGUGUCUUUAUUUCUUCGUUCCUUCGUGCCUUCGUGUCGUCAGCCUUUUUUGCCUUCGUACUCUCGUCCCUUCGUUUGUUUUGUUGUUCGUGUCUUUAUUUCUUCGUUCCUUUGUGCCUUCGUUUCGUCAGCCUUUUUGCCUUCGUACCCUCGUCCCGUCGUUUGUUUGGUUGUUCGUGUCUUCAUUUCUUCGUGCCUUCGUGUGUUGGUCCUUUCGUGUCUGAUUGCUUUCGUGCGUUUUUCCUUUCAUUUCUAAGUUCUUUUAUCUCCUCUCUCUUUUGCUCCCAAAAUUAUUCAUUUGGUUUAACAUGUUACCCUGCAUUCUUUAUUUAUUUGUUUUCUCAUCAUUCAGCCUGGUUUUUGGGGACUGAGUAAUAAAACCAAAGCUGGAUGCAAACAGUGCGAUUGUGACGUUGGUGGUUCAUACGAGAGGAACUGUGAACAAGUUAAGGGCCAGUGUCGCUGCCGUAAAGGUAUCACGGGAAGAAAGUGCGAUAAAGUCCAGACCGGGAAUUUCUUCCCUCUACCAGAUCACCUGAAAUACGAGUCUGAGGAAGCAAAAAUUCUUGGGGUACGUACAAAAUGUGUGGUGCAUCAUACAAGAGUAGAACGACAAGCCAUACCCUACCUGCCCUGUUACUUUUGUCUCCACACCUCCUACGACGAUUGAUAACAAAAAGCUUUAAUGGAAGUAAGAUAUGUCAGAGCCCUUCUCGUUUUUGAUCGUCGGAAAAUCAAAAGCAAACCAGUCACAGAAGCCAAUCAGAACAGAGGAGAUUAUCGCUCGGAGCCAACGCGAACCUUAGGUUUCGAGAGCGGGAAAACGCUAGUGACUAAGUCGUAGUUGGUUUAAGAAUUGCAUGUAAUUGGUUGAGGAGGUAGCGGGAGUUUUCUAAACCAAACAAACGUGACUUCCGCUCUGACGAAGGGCUAUCGCUCGAACCAUCAGCUUUGAAACUCUUUACAGUGGCCAAUUUACGUUAUCAACUCAGUUGAUAAUUCUUAAUUACCCUGUUAUACUUUCCCACCGACACAGCCCCACAAUUUCUUUAGAAACUUACCCCCUUUAUUCAAAGGAAAAAUUUGUCAUAAUAUUAUAUUGAUGUUCUUUUCGACAAGAACGCAAACACUAUUCAAAGACAUCGUCAUUGAAUUUGGUAUUACAAAGAAAACAGUCGAAGACCGUCGAACGUUUUGUAAUAUUCGCGUCUAAAGACGUCAAUGUGCUUCACGAGGUUCUCUGCUAUAUUUAUUUUAUUUUCCCCUUUUCCUCAGGGUCAGAACAACGGUAAAGUUGUUCCGAGGGAACCACAAACUGGAGAAGAUGUGUCCUGGACAGGCGAUGGUUUCGUGGAGAUUAAAGAUAAAGCGACUUUGGAGUAUGCCGUGACUAAUGUUCCCUACACGGGCGAAUACAACAUCUUGGUUAGAUAUGAACCGAAGGUAUGGUUUUUAGUCGAGUUUGAUUUUUGUGUAAGAAAAGAGACGUUCAGCAGAUAGGACCACCUAUGUGCCGUGGAAAGAGCUGCUCAGUAGCCUUGUACAGAAUUAUAGAGCGCCUCUCGAGUGACGUAAAACCAAAAUCAAAGUGAUUACAUAAAGGCCAAUCAGAAGAAGACAAGUAUUUUAAAGAACCAAUAAGAGCUCAAAACAAAAACAAGAAGACUGUCCAAAGCGCGGGAAAACGCGGGUGACUAAGACGCGAUUGUUUUUUUGCUUUGAAUUUGGUUGAAAGAGUGGUGCGAGUUUUCUGGACCAAUCAAACAUUGUAAUAGAGCAAAACUAAAGCAAUCCGGGAUGAGUGCUGGGUACAUAUUAUUUGAACAAUGAAAGUAAGGAAUUGGAAAACUCGAGACUUUUUAAACGCACAGUACAUUUAAAUGCGGGUAUCCUGUUAAUUUAGCAUUUUGGUUUGAACUUUAUCAAAAAGUUGUACGCUUUUGAAACACCAUGACUUCCUCAGAUAGGACAACUUAGUUCUCAUCGCCCGGCAAGUACGUCACCUAGUUACUACAACGUUCAUACAAAUGUGCAUGCGCAAACAUUUGAUCGCUGUGUCAACUUGAACGGCACAAUAAAUAGUACCACUUGCAAGGUAAACCUCUAUGUAAAUAUUAUAUCUUGAUUAACAAACAAAGUGUGUAUUCUUCACAGGAUUCUGGACUUUGGCAAGUUAAUGUAAUGAUCCAACGCCUUGACGGGCUUCCAUUGACCAGCGGUAAAUGCGUUAACGCUACUAAUUCCGAUGACCCGAAUUAUGGAAAUUUCUCAGCCAUCCUGCAAACCAGAAGGCGUUACGUUCUUAUGCUCCCCAGUGUUUGUUUGGAGAAAGAUGUGUCUUACGUAGUUAAGGUCACCUACAGCAGAGACGAGUCCAACAAAGAUGGUGUCGAUAGUAUCUUGACCGACUCGGUAAGUUGAAACUUGGGCCUUGGUCCUUGUCGAGUAGGUUGAAGGUUAUUCAGGAUGCCUUGGCCCUCUUUCACUACGUCUUAUUUUGCUAUAAACCUAAGGGUUCCCAAAAAAUUUUACCAUAAGCGGCUGCUGAUGAUGUUAUAUGUGGCUAUGCCGCAAGACGACUGGAUCCAAACACGAGAGCCUGGUCACAGGCUAAACAGACGGCGAUGAGAGGUCUUAUGGGCGGCGAUAGAAAACUGGUUACUAGCUUUUAAUUAAACCCCUAGAGCCCUGUAGUACAGGGGAGGGGAGGGGGAAGGGCUGAUUGAACAGGGGUGGGGGUUGGUGGUUAAUAAAUCAUUUAGAGUUAACAUGAAAUUCAACUUUUUUUUCCCUCUAUUAUUUCUGCCUAGAGGGGGGUCGGUUUUUAGAAAGGGGAGGUAGCUUCUGAGAGAGAAAGAGAAAGGCCCAGGGGGUGUAUUGGAGAACAACGAGGCUUAGUAGAGAGGAGAGAGGAAACUCAUUACUAUGGAAAAGCGGUUAACAGGAAUGGGAGGGGUCGGUAGGACACAUUUAGAACGUCUUCACUGAUCAAGAAAACUAGAGCCAACUUCCCAACUGGUGAGGUACAAAGCGUAACGUUAUCCUAAGAUUUUUCUUUUUUCCUUUUCCACAGAUGGUUCUUGUUCCCUACGUAGAAUCAGUUUCCAUCUUUCAAGGACCCGAUGGCGAACAAAGAAAAAAGGUUUUUGAUCAAUUCAGUUGCCUGGAUUUUAACCUGGAGCCAGCCUCCCCUCGACCCCAACUUCCCGAUGUUUGCAAGCAGCUUAUAUUCGCUAUGUCAUCGGUUAUAUAUGAUGGCGGAAAGCGUAAGUCGAUCCGUUCGUUCUACGAUAAUGUUAUGUAAACCCCCAUCAUGUGCCUUGGGUAUUUGUGGGUUAGUGAGGUCGAUCUUCGUUUUAACCCGUUAAACCCUUUCAUCAGUAUGCAUUUCCUUCAAACUGUUCUUUAAACAUUACCUAAGGUGCAGUCAAGGAGAAUUUGUUGAACAAUCAAGAGUUUCUUCAUUUCCUUUAUUCUCGUGACGUUAUGGUUGAUUCUGGAGUUGCAUUUUAAGGAUAAAUUAGAUGCUUGUCACUCUUAGAGGUUGAGGAGUUAAUCAAAUAUUUUAUUAGUUUUUUGGUAAAAGCCUGUAUAUAUUGUACUUGAGUGAAACCUGCGUUUUUAAAGUCUGCCAAACCGCAUGUUCCACAUAUCAAUUCAAUCUUACCAAAAUCAAAUUGAUCAAAUUUGUGCUGAAGGUGACAACGAGAUUAGAUGAAAAAGAAUGUUAACAAUCCCUCCAGUUUCUCACGAUAUCUUGGGUGGUUUAAUUUGUCGUCGGUGAUUAUUUGCGAGAAUGCGAUAGAAAUCUGUACAGAACCAAAACUACUCUCAGGAGAGGGAAAGGGUGACCCCCCCUCCCCCCACCCUACCUCAGCAUAGGGAGAUAGAGUGUGUCAGUUCAAUCUUCUGUUUUUGUUUGUAGCGUGUAACUGUGAUCCGACGGGGACCAAGCGAGACGAGAACGGGACGCUGAUUUGUGAUUCCGUGGGAGGUCAAUGUAAGUGUAAACUGAACGUGAUUGGCCAGAGGUGCGACCGCUGUGCUCCAGGAUCGUUUGGAUUCGGACCCCAGGGUUGUGCUGGUAAGUGACAAAGCAGAAGGUAAAGGUGCUUUAGAAAGGCAAUGAAGACAAGAAUCAGUACAUUCUCCUACAGUAGACAUAGCACAGUCCCGACGAUUAUUUUUUGUUUUGUUUCUACGCUAGUUUGUUUCACGAAAAGCCGCAACAAAUUAAGCAAAAGAAACAAAAAGAGGAAGGAAAAACUGGAGGAGAGCUGAUCAUGCAAGACAAUUUUGCCCGAUUUUUCCACCGAUGCAGCACCACAGUUUCUUUAGAAACUUGCCCCCUUUUAAACCAAAGCUAUUCGCUAUUUUCAAAUCCCCCAUCAUUCACCUCGUUUGCCCUUCCCUUUCCUUAUCGCUCCUCUCCCCUACCCCUUCCCCCUCCAUCACCCUGUUACCCCUCCCCCCCCCAAAACAAAAUCACGAUCAAAGGGAGAAUACACCUGUACUUAAAUUUUUCCUUCCAAUGUUCAAUAGGCUGCAACUGUAAUAGUAUCGGGGCCUCUGACAACCUCUGUAACGCUCAGACUGGACAGUGUACUUGUAGAAUCAAGGCAGGGGGAAGACAGUGCAAUCUUUGUCCCCCCCGGAACUGGGGAUUCCCUUUGUGCCGACCUUGCCGCUGUAAUGGCCAUGACACUUCCAACUGCCAUCCAAAGACUGGAGAGUGUCUGGACUGUCAGCACAACACCGCUGGCAAAAACUGUGAGGUGUGCGCUAUUGGUUACUAUGGUGAUGCCACUAAGGGUAAGUUUAAAGUGUGUAUAUGGGUAGGUUCAUGACAGUCUCGUUUCCAAAACUCCUGGUCUCUUGAGAUCGAGGUUGAGUAAGUACCCCUCUCUUUGAAUCGUUCCGAGUAUAACAACCGGUGCAGUUUUCCAAAUAUUAGUCGAACUAGUUACACGCGGCACAGAUUUUUCUUGCUUCGUUUACCUUUUAACUCUCAAAUCGUUUUCGCAACUGUUUAAGUCACCUUUCUUUGCUAAUUUGUUUAGUUUUAUCAGUCAGAGUAGGGAGAAUUCUGAUGAAAAUUGUAGUUAUCCGGUACGAGAAAGUUUCAUGAAAAUCUUUUCAAGGUAGAAAAGGUUCAUUUUAGGGCGAUCCGAUGUGCAAGCGGAUGGGUGGAAAUUCGUUUAAUUUUUUAUGUCGUGGACUCAUGUUGAACCGCAAGUGAUAAACACAAGCCACAUUUCCCAUUCAUUAUUCUGCGUCCUCUUCCCACAGGGACACCAAAAGAUUGCCGUCGCUGCCAGUGCCCUGGCGGUGGAACUGGAAACCAGUUUAGUGCCACUUGUCGCUCAACUGGACCAGACUCUUUUGCUUGUGACGCUUGUGAAGUAAGUGCCAUCCUUAGCAUAUGGUUUGGACACGUGUGUGUCACACGCGUGUCACUCGUAGUGUGGAAGAGCCUUAGUCAUCGAUAAUGAAGUGAACGCGUGAGCCGCCAUUUUCAUCGGUAUCAUCCUUCCUUGUGUGUAGGUCUUCCCUAACAUCAGUAUCAAUAUUCUCCAUACUGUUCUCUAUACAUUUCUUUCGGUACUGACAAAGAGAAUUGGUUUGACAAUCAAGAGCUUCGUAAGGGCUUAUCGAGUUCGAUGACGCUGUAUUUAUGCUGACGCUUAAAACAUCAGCUUUGGAAACACCUACGGUGGCCAAUUUACAGUUUCAACUCAGUAGAUAAUACCAAAUUUUCUGGUAAUAUCCCCGCUGAUGCAGGAACACAGUUCCUUUAGAAAGGUACCUCUGUUGUUACCCUUUUUGAAUCGAUUGCAUUUGUUCUCCAGGUUGGUUACAGGGGAACAAGGUGCGAAGAAUGUGCUGACGGUUACUAUGGUAACCCACUCGUUCCAGGCGGUCGCUGUAAGCCAUGUUCUUGUAACAACAACAUUGAUCCGUCGAACGGGGGCACCUGUGACAGAACAACUGGCAGAUGUUCAGCCUGCCUCUACAAUACCGCAGGCUUCAGUUGUGAGCGCUGUAAAUCGGGUUUCUAUGGUGACGCUAUUGCCAGGAAUUGUACCAGUAAGAACUGUUUAUUAUGAUGUAUAGGGGGACUAUAACCGUUUAAGUCUGUGGAUGAACCCCUUGUGUGAAACUGUUCAAAGAAAAGCUAUUGAGCGGUACUUUCCCGAGUAUUUAUGCUCUGAGAUGUGGCUUUAUUUUUAAUUGCGUUUCUCUGAGGAGACACACUAUUCCUGUCUUUUUUCAGUCCCGCGGAUUUCAUUGUAUCCCGCGGAUUUCAUUGUAUCCCGCGGGUAUAAUCCGAAGCCAGACCGUUUCAACUUUUUGACGCCAACUUGGAUUGACUAACACACGUGGCCUCGAUCUCAUGCGGUUAGCUAUGCGCUUCAGUUUCAUGCAAGAGCUUUGUAUCACGCUGGCUAAGUGAAGUUGUGCAGGUUGAGUCACUUCGGUCCUGAUGCCUUGCGAAAAAUGUAUGCAUGUAGAUAAAUUGAACCCAUUUGAGCAAUCGACAUUAGAACUGUGAGCUGCUACACUAUUUCGUGUUCGUAAGUUUAAUUUUGCCUCAGAUUUAAUUACGUCAUUCUUUUGUUUCAGAAUGUGUAUGUAAUAUUAAUGGCACGGCCCCUGGUUUUGUUGACACAUGCAAUUAUGAGACCGGCCAGUGCAAGUGUUUAUCAAACGUCAUUGGUAUUCAGUGUGACAAGUGCGCCGAUGGAUUCUGGAACCUGGGCAGCGGUAAGGGUUGUCAGAAGUGCGAUUGUUGUGGAGAGGGCUCGACUCAGGCCACUUGCAAUCAGGUGAGUAAACCAGCAAGUAAUAAUCGAGGGUGCAUUUUCAGUGUAGUUUACUAGCCUUUUUUUCCUGUAUGCUUUUCUACGUCAUAACUUAGACUUAUUUUUUUGCACAGGAUGACGGCCAGUGUUAUUGUAAGCCUGGAUAUGGAGGACCCCGCUGUUGCGCAUGUGAAAAUGGUUACUGGGGAACACCGCUGAACGACUGCAAACGUAAGUCAUGUGGAGUGGUAGAGCCGUCAACUGAGGGGAAGUAAGACAUGGUACAUGGCCAGGUUACCAAAGAUGCUCUAUCACACGCAAGACUGGGGUCUAUUUUAUUUAAAUGUCCCUUUUGGUCAGUCCUGUUUAUAAAAGUCGAAAUUCCCAUUCAUUGUAACGGACAUUUCAUUAUAUUUUCGCCGGGAGGGGGGGAGUAAACCUGAUCCUCAAAAGGCUUUGUCAUAUUCCCAUGAUCCUCUCUCGUUUCCAGUAAAAUGGUAGUAAAUUUCCUAUAAUCCCCCUUUUAUACUAUGCUGGCGACGACUAAUCCUCUUGCGUUCCACGUGAAAACGCUACGACCCCUCCCCCCCCUCCCAAAAAAAUCCUUCACCCCAACUCCCCCAGGUUAUAAAUAAUAACUGGGAUCGAACUUGUAUAAAAACCAUUUCUUCUGAAUUACGUUUUUCACUCGUUGGCUUUUAACUCACUAUGCUGUGCUCUUUGUUCAAAGUGUUCUUUAUUUCGAACUGUCUUUCUCAAUUUUCCCUUUUCUCGCAGCUUGUGACUGUAAUCUCGCAGGAUCCGUGUCCCUUCAGUGUGACCGCAACACUGGGAAAUGUCAGUGUAAACAAGGUAUGAUUGGCGACAAGUGUGAUCAGUGUGCUCAGGACACCAGCGGUAAAAUGCCUCAGUGUGAAGUCUGUGGGGAAUGUUAUUACCAGUGGAAGGUCACGCUAGAGUCUCUGUCACGCAACAUCAGCCUUGAAGUACCAAGAGCGUAUAACGUCUCUCUCACUCCUCAGCCAGGUACGUUUUAAACGUGGUCGCGCAGCGUCAAUCUCAAAGGAGAUUUUGACUCACAUGUAGGUACUAUGAGAUGAAAAAAAGUGUUUCGUUUAUUCAAAAUUCAAAAGUUCUGUAAGUAUUUCAUAUGCGUGGCAUUUUUGGCGCAUCCCUUCAUAAGCUAGUCUCCAUUGCUCUUUUCUCCUUACCACAAUGAGCAAUGAUAGUGAAGGAAGAAUAUGUGACCCAUCUACACCUGAACGACUCUUUUCUAGGAAGUGGAAGUAUUAACGCCUAUGACAAGGAGCUAAAGGAACUGGAAGACAAACUAGAAAGAGUAGAGAUGAUACUUAAAAACCAAGUUACUACUGAAAAUGAUACGAUGGCACUCGAAAAAGAAUUAGACUCCAUUGACAUGCAACUGCAAGAGGUGCAAGACAAGGUAGACAUGAUGAAAAAGGACGUGAGAUCAUCUGAAAUGCGAACAGAGGACGCCAAAACCGAGAUUCAAAUUCUACGCGAAAGGCUGGCUAAUCUUACCCAAGGUGGAACGCAGCUGAAAUCCAAUGUUGAGAAGAUUUUGCGCUCGGACAUAAGAGGUGCUUUUGAGGAAAUUUUGAAAAAUCAAAUGCGGUCGCGCCAGGCCGAGGCAAGAGUGAACGAGUCGCAGAAGAUUCUUGAUAUGUCUAAAGAACAAAGAAAUAUAACAGAGCAGCUUUUAGAUGGUCCACCUUCUUUUCUCGAUCGAUACGAUGAAAAUUCAGGCGUUCUGUUCGACAUCCUUGACAAGAUAAGAGAACUGCAAAAACAAGUAGGGAUCCUAAAUGGGGUUGUCUGCGGGUCCCCCGCCAGUAAGUGCGGUGGGUGUGGGGUGCGUAAUUGUUCGUUUUGUGGUGGCCCCGGCUGUAAUGGAUCCUUAGAUCUAGCUAUGAAAGCAGUAGAAAGAGCCAGAGAGGCGGAGGCGGCUCAAAGAAUGAGAGAAGGUCAGUGAAAAAGUGUUUAGUUUCCUUUGUUCAUUCGUCAUUUAUGUGUGUACUUUGAUUAACAAAAGAACCCUCGUUUUUGUAAGUUGACGAUCGGUUUGGCAUUUUCAAUAAGUAAAUUGCCCUCGCAAAGAAGGAACUUUUAUUGAAACAGGCAGCCUCUUCCAUACAUCUUUAAUGUUAGUUUAUUAAAUUUAGCGUUCAGUCAUAAAACAUCCCCAAGGUGAUACUUCCUUUACCCUUAUCACCCGUCUGCUUGAUGGCGCAUCUAUACUGUCAGGAGAAAUUACUCUUCGGUCACUGUUGGGCGUGAAAGCGUUUCAAUCUAAGCGUGACAACAUCCUUUGGUAUAUUUUUUUAUUCUUAGCCAAAGCAAACGAAGCAUUAGAAGAAGUACGAAACGCGGAAGUAAUGGUAAACAUGACAAAAGAAGCCGCUGACAAAGCAGUAAUGCGGGCCAUGGAUGCUCUCGCGCGGGCUCGAAAUGCAAGUGACCGCAUGGAUAAACUUAUUCAGGUACUGCUUUUAUAGGUACAUCAAAGCUUUCGUUAUUUUAGGACUGUUUCAGAUUGUUUCUUCGAACCAAAACAGAGGAGUCAUUAAGGCUCACUAGAAUAUAGGAAAAAUGUAAGGAACUACAGUAAUGCGAACUUUUAAUAAACAUACGCAAACAGCCUGGAGAGCGGGAAAAACUUAAGUAACAAAUCGCGAUUGGUUUGUUUCCGUCGCACCUGAUUGGUUUAGAGGGUGGUGCGAAUUCUCUUGACCAAUCACAGGUUGAAAAGUAAACCAAGGAAAUCCCGGAUUAUGUUCGACACACUCACUGAAAGUUGUUCAAGGCUGAAAAUCUGUUUGAUGUUCCAGGACAUUUUAGAUUUCCUCGACAUGGAGUUUGGAGACACAGACAUCGUACGUAAAAUAGCUGACGGUGUGAAACAAAUGAAAUUGUCAGUAACUCCCGAGGAAAUUGAAAAACUCGCAGAGGACAUAAAGUUGGCUUUGAGCUCAUUAACUGGUAUUGAUGAAAUCUUAGAGGAAACCACAGAAAGAUUAGACAAAGCUAACGACCUGAAAGAGAGAGCGGAGAAAGCCAGGUAA